UAUCCAUUGUUAUUUCCAUACGGUGAAGACGGUUAUCGUGAUGAUGUCCAGCGUACUGUAUCCAGUGGUAGGAAAAAUGCAAGAGCCAUGAUCAGCAUGAAGGAAUUUUUUUCGUUUAGACUUCAGAUGCAAUCUGGAGAAUCAGAAAUUCUACAUCGAUCAAGGAAACUUUUCCAACAAUUUCUGGUUGAUGCAUACACUAUGAUUGAGUUUGAACGACUUAAUUUCAUUCGAUAUAACCAGAGUCAUCUGAGAGCUGAGUUGUACAAAAAUAUAAAACAUUCAUUAGAUAGCGGUGAAGAUGCAACACUGAGCACUGGAAAACGUAUCAUUAUACCUUCUUCAUUCACAGGCGGACCUAGAUAUAUGGCUGAAAAUUAUGUUUGUACAAUCGAAUUCCAAAAGCGCGGACUACCUCAUGCUCAUAUUCUUCUAUUCUUGAACCCUUCAAGCAAAGCUGAAAGUGCUCUUGAUAUUGAUAAAUUGAUUUCAGCCGAGAUACCUGACAAGGAAAUGAAUCCUACGCUGUUUAUGGCUGUCACGAGUUACAUGAUACAUGGUCCAUGUGGUCCUGAAAAUUACAAAUCUCCUUGCAUGAAGGACGGACGGUGUUCAAAAAAAUUUCCAAAAAACUUCUGCUCUCGUACUUUUAUUGACGAUGAUGGAUUUCCUCAUUAUAAGAGAAGAAAUGAUGGGAGAGUUGUGAACAAAAAUGGUGUUGAACUUGAUAAUUGUUAUGUUGUGCUCUAUAAUGCACACCUUCUUUUAAAGUACCAGACUCAUAUCAACGUUGAAUAUACUUGCAGAGAAAGAUUGCCAUUUCACUUGCCUAAUGAAAAGAACAUUAUUUUCAGUGAUAAUGAUUCGUUGUAUGAUGUAAAGACAAGGGCGGAGUCUAGACUGUCAAUUUUUGAGUCUUGGAUGGAUGCAAAUAAAAAAUAUCCAGAAGGUAGGCAUCUAACUUAUGGAGAGUACCCGACUGAAUUUGUUUUCAAAGAAAAAACGCAUGAAUGGAAUCCGAGAAAAAAAGGAUUUUCCAUUGGAAGGAUAAAUCGUUUUUCUGCCAAUAAUGGAGAAGAUUCAUAUCUUCGCACCUUGCUUAAUUUUCAAAGAGGUUGCACCAGUUAUGAAGAUCUUAGAACGAUCAAUGGCGUGGUUUUUCCUACAUUUAAGGAUGCGUGCUAUUCUUUAGGACUUCUGGUUGAUGACAAUGAGUACAUUGAUGCAAUUAAGGAGGCAAAUGCAAUUCUUACAGAAGAGUCUAUAAAAAACAUAACUCUUGAAGAAAUUGAUAAGGUACUGCAGAGCAAUGGGAAAUGCCUCUCUGAUUAUCCGUCAAUGCCACGCAUCAAUAGUGAAACUUUGCUUGAUAUGCAAAAUCGAUUAGUGUUGGAUGAAUUAAUGUAUGACAUAUUUGCUUUGGAAGAGGAGCAUAAAAGACUAAUUAAUUCCCUCACUGAUGAGCAGAAAGCUGUUUAUGAUAAAAUUGUUUCAGCAGUUACGGCAGGUAAUGGAGGGUUAUUUUUCCUCUACGGGUUCAGUGGUACAGGAAAAACAUUUAUUUGGAAUACUCUUUCAGCAUCUAUUAGAUCAAAAGCUGGAAUCGUACUUAAUGUUGCUUCUAGCGGAAUUGCUUCCCUUCUGCUUCUUGGAGGACGAACAACGCAUUCUAGAUUUCGUAUUCCUAUUCAAAUCAAUGAAGAUUCAACGUGUAAUAUAAAGCUGAAAUCUACUACAGCUGAGUUGCUGUCAAAAACAAAGUUAAUCAUUUGGGAUGAAGCUCCAAUGGUACAUAGAUUUUGCUUUGAGGCUCUGGAUAUGACACUGAGAGAUGUUCUUAGAAUUUCUGAUACAAGCUGUGUUGAUAUGCCAUUUGGUGGAAAAGUUGUUGUUCUAGGAGGUGACUUUCGGCAAAUAUUACCUGUCAUUCCUCAUGGAAGCAGACAAGAUAUAGUUCAUGCAACCAUCAAUUCUUCUCAUCUAUGA